AUGUCCCAGUCUCGCAUGCGAACCGCAGAGGCCAAAGACGUGGAUCAGGUUACCCAGGUCUUCAUCAAGGCUAUGCAGGACAACCAGUCCUGGCCAUACCGUUUCCCCCAUCGUGUCAAGUACGCUGAAGACCACUGGAACUACAACAGAGACCUCAUUCGCCGCUUCAUCUCUCUAGACUACAAUGACUGGGUAAUUGUUGUAGUCGAGCUCCAAGAUGCUGCCAGGGCGUGGCAGAUUGUCGCCUUUUCUGUGUGGGACAUUUCCUACGUCAACAAGCGGGCUCAUGGGCCUGGAUAUAUACCCAACUCUCCUCACUCCGACUUAGCGCAGCAAGACACUCGCGAGGUUGGCUACAGCCGAAGGGACACCGACCCCAAGCACCUGGCGGCAUUCCAGGCUGCCCUGAAGGAGAGCAACCAAAAGUACUUCAGCCAGUUUGGCCCGAACCAGAUCAAGGUGCAGGUCUUGGGCACUCUACCCGAGUACCGCCGCCAGGGAUUCGCGUCUCAGCUGUGCAGAUGGGGGAUGGAGAGGGCAGCUCGGGACAGUGUCGCCAUGACUCUGAGCGCGAGUCCUCAGGGGUAUCCGCUCUACGCUGGACUGGGAUUCAGAAAGUUGGGUCAACAGGUUAUCAAUGCGCCUGGAGAGGAGGAGUCGCUGGUUGUGGACUGCAUGGCUUUUGAACCUGAGCAGUAG